UAUCCUUCUGCAUACCAUGAUACGAAAUCAUUUUCCUUCGUACGAUAAAAAUUUCUUUCUUUCUCUCUCUCUUUCUCUCUCUCUCUGCAUAGCUGUUGCACCACAUAAAAAACGACACGAUCGUUUUUGUCUUUGUCAGAAACAAACAACAAAAAUCGUGAAUGUAGUGGGGACAGAAUCCCAACAGUUAGAUGCCUCGAAGGAUGGAUUUCGAAAGGCAUAGCCGACUUCGUUUUCCAAUGAGAUUUUUGACUCUUCUUAAUAGCCUUUGGUUCUAGUACUUUUCCAAUAAAAACACUAACAUCAUUUUUAAGAAAGCGCAAACAAAGAGUAGGUAUAUAAAGAAAAAUCUAUCAGUGGAUUUUACACAGUUCAUUAUGAUUCCGAUAAGUGUUAAGUCUUUAUACAUUUUCAUUUUUCUUAUCUUAGCUGUGAACCGCAAUGUUUUCUGCGAUCAAUGGGAUACAAACUUGAUACCCGAUUCUUCUCAGGAAGAAGAGGUGGAUGAAUUAGAAUCGGGCAGAAUCGUCGGUGGACAAUUCGCACUACCAAAUCAAUUUCCAUUUAUGGCCGCGGUGCAUCAAUUGAUGCGCAAUGGAAUGAUCUCACAGUGCGGUGGAACGAUUAUUUCCUCAAGAUGGGUGUUAACAGCAGGUCAUUGCGUAACAUCUGGAUCUAAUCAAUUUCUUGUUGUUUUUGGUAUUUGCAACAAAACCGGGAUAAACUAUAAUUUCUAUAACGGGCCUGGUGUAGCGAUGUUGACGAACAAAGCUAUACUUCACCCGAAUUAUCAAACAAUCUUGAAUGAUAUCGCACUAUUGUACAUGCCACGCGAUAUUCCAUUCAGAGACAGUAUUCAACCUAUUAAGCUCGCAGGUUAUAACUACAUGAAAACAUCAUUCACUGACAAAACGGGUGCGGCCAUCGGAUGGGGAAAAGACGGACCUUCCGGAAGUGGAACGAAAAGACUAAAGUACGCGUUUCUACCAAUUAUUUCGAAUAAAGAAUGCUCCUUGUAUUGGAGUGUUACGGAGAAACACAUAUGCUCUUCAGCCGCAUACCAUCAAGACGCAUGUCAGGGUGAUAGCGGUGGCCCGUUGAUCGUGUUCAAAAAUAACGUCCCUCUUCAAGUCGGAAUCGUUAGCUACGGAGACGGAUAUUGUCCCAGUAAUAAACCUGGUGUGUUCACCCGAGUCACUAGAUUCAUCGAUUGGAUUGAACAAGUUACCAAACUUCACCUUUAAAAAAACCUUCUACUUAUCAUAUUAGCGGUUUUACAAGAAUAAUGGUGGUUAUUGUUAUCUAUCUGUUAAGCAUAUUUUCAUAUAUUCUGUGUAUUAUAAAUAAAAUUGGGUUAUAGGGAAUUUUA